AGAAGCUGCGGCUCUGGGUGGGAGCGCACCCUGCAGACGCACCCUUCUCGCUCAGUCAGCCGGACGGAGGCUCGUCCUGCUCGGUCACAGCUUCUCCUCGCAGCACUGGACGCUGCGUAUGUCACCCCCAGCAGCGCCAUGGCCGACAUUUACCGAUUCCCCGUUUACUUUGAGAGUCCCGGCCUUGUCAGAGAGCAGGAGAAGAAAAUAGAGCAAUAUUUCCGUGUUCGACGCAAAUCAGGCGGCGGAGAGUGCGGACCGCUGAGCAGAGUGGCGCAGAACGUCUACAGCAUUGCUUUCAGGUAUCAGAAAGAUCAGCAGACAGUCCUUCAGAGAUCGGGGCAUGUUGUGGAACUUCCGGGUGGGCGUCUGGAGUUCACUGUGCGAGGCAGCCUGGAAGCUCACGCCUCAUUGGACGUCAGCGCAUCCGAAGCUCCAGCAGAGAGCCCUCAGUCCAUUCCUACCUCAACUCUUGUACCAAGGGGUGAAGAACUCCAGAUUGACAGUGAUCUCAGUGAGAAAGAGCACGCCUCUUUGGCCUGUUCUGCUCGGCUUUACCCAGAAGAAGGCAGGGCUUUGUUCAGGAGGUCAGCGCAGCCAGGUGAUGUAGAUGAAGUUAGUGACUGGAAACUUAAAGAAGACAAAAAUGACGACUCUGAGGUGGAGUCUUACUGCUCUGGUCAGACCACAGAUGAGAGGGAAGCGUACAGCGAGGCUGGGGAAUGUUCUCAGGUGAACUCUAGGUUGUUGGAUGAAGAGUACAGGUCAAGUGAGAAUUUGGCCUCUUUGACUUUGAGUGAAGGAACCACACCCGUUGCGUGCUACAGCCUUCAGGAUGGGCUCCAGGUGCUGGUGUAUGAAGGGGACAUCACCAAACAAUGCGCCGAUGCCCUGGUGAACGCUGCCAACGAGGAUCUGGACCACCGUGGAGGCAUCGCUGCUGCACUGAGUAAAGCAGGUGGUCCUGAAGUGCAGGAGGAGAGCAGUACCUUAGUAAAGUACAUGGGCAAAGUUUCCCCGGGUGAUGUCGUAGUGACCACAGGGGGCAACUUAAACUGCAAAAAACUCCUCCAUGCUGUUGGGCCUGUAGGUGGAAAAGCAUAUGGCAGAGAGAAGAUCCUACUGGAGAAAGCUGUGCGUUCUGCUCUGAAUUUAUCAGAAAUGAUGGAGUUCCAGUCCAUAGCUAUUCCUUGUAUCAGCUCAGGUGUGUUCGGUGUUCCUGUCACUGUGUGCUCUGAGGCUAUCGUAACUGCUGUCAGGAAGUUUGGUAGUCAGGGAGGGCGAAGUCUGAGCAAGAUAAUCCUGAUUGAUAACAGAGGAGAGGUGGUGAGGGCCAUGAAGGAAGCAUGUGACAGGCUUCUCCAAGGGGUGAGUAGCGGAAGCAGCACCGCACCGGAUGUGGAGCUCCAGAGGGAUGCUGCUGACCAAGACUCAGCAACAGGAGCCACAACAGGAGCCACAGCCAGAGCUCGUGGAGGCAGCGUCCGGGUAGAGAUCGUUCAGGGAACCAUCGAGACCCAGCAGGUGGACGCCCUCGUAUCCCCUAUGGUCGGCCACGAUCCUCUCUCCACCCGUGUUGGAAACGCUUUGUGCGAGAGGUUUGGUUCUGAGUUGACUGCACGGUUUAGAGAAGAAUCAGGGGAGGAGGCGUUGCCGAGUGACGCGGUUCUGGUGGAAGGCUUUCCUGGACAGCUUUCCAACGCGGUGUUCUUCGUCAGUCUUGCUCCUUGGAAUGAUGACGAAAAUGGAACCGCAGUUGAGAUUCUUAGAGCGGGCAUCAGCAGAAUCCUAACUUUAUGUGAGGACAGAGGGUUUGGUUCCGUCGCUUUUCCUGCACUCGGAGUCGGGAUUGCCCUGCGUUUUCCUCACAGUGUGGUAGCCAGAGUUUUACUGGAGGAAAUCCGUGCAUUUGAAGCGGACCGAGCCAGCACCAUGCCGUUCCUGGUCCGCAUUGUCAUCCACCCCAGUGAUGAAGAGUGCAGUGAGGCCUUCAAGUCUGUCCAGGAAGCUUUGAAAUGGGAAAAAUUCACUGAAGAUGCUCAACAACAAGCCCAAGAUCAAGCAUCCACCACAAAGAGAAUCGUCCUGCUGGGAAAAACUGGAUCUGGGAAGAGCCACCUGGCUAACACUAUAUUUGGAGAGGAUCUCUUCAAAACAAAUCAUUCGCCCAACUCCGGCACUAGCAAAUGUCAAACAGAAACCAAAGAUGUCAAUGACAGAAGCGUCACUUUGAUCGACACCCCUGGUUUCUUUGACACAGGAAGGCCUCAGGAGGACUUGAAGGCUGAGAUACUGAGGUGUAUCACAGAGUGCGCUCCUGGGCCUCACGCCUUUCUCAUCGUGCUUAAAGUGGAGAAAUACUCCGAGCACGAGCAGGCUGUCAUCUCUAAAAUCUGCCAGUAUUUCUCUGAAGAUGCUUUAAAUUAUGCCGUAGUUGUCUUCACUCACGGCAACCAGCUCCCCAAAGGGAUGAAAAUCGAAGAGUUUGUGAGUCAGAAUGAGAAUCUGAGUGAUCUGGUGAAGAAGUGCGGCGGCCGGUGCCACGUCUUUGACAACAAACACUGGAACAACAAGCAGCAGAACAACUACAGGAGCAACCACUUCCAGCUGGAGGAGUUGCUCUGCACAGUAGACAAGAUGGUGACGGAAAAAAACGGAGGGUGCUACACGAAUGCAAUGCUGAAAGAUGUUGGGGCACAAAUACAGAAACAGGAAGAGCACUUAAGACAGACGCUGGGAAACCUGCCACCGAAAGAGAUCACAGAAAAGGCCAAAAGUCAAGUGUAUCAUAGAUACUUGAUUCAAAUGGCGGGGAUUGGAACGGGAGCUUUGUUGGGAGCUUUUUGUGGCAUCGCAGCGAUGAUUGGAUUAGUUAUCACAGCGGUGAGAAACGUAGCGUUAAUGAAGCUUAUAAAAACAGUUCCAGGAGCAGUAGCAGGAGCAGAUAUGGUUGUCGUAGGUACUGCAGUGGUGGGUGUAAGUGCAGCAGCAGCAGGAGCAGUUUUAGGAGGCGUGAUUGGAGGUAAAGCUGCUGAGGGAGCAGAGACGCCACUGGAGGCUGCAGAAAGGGCAUUCGAUGCCAUCAGGGAAUCAGGAGAAUCAGCUCUGAAGCAGCUUAAUUUGCCUUUCCGGUGAAAAUCAGGAGUUUUACCUCUUUGGCAUGGUGUUUUCUCUAUAUGCUGGAAGUCAGAAGAGAAAUAAGCAGCCUGAGUAUUUAGCCAGUGAUGGAUUCAUACUUCUGGGGUUUCAUAUGAUACAAACUCAGGGAUCCUGUCCUGUCGUGUAGCAAUAAUCACUACUUUAUGUCCCUCAGAAUCCCAGUUUGAACUUCUGUGGCUGAACAUUGCAGCAUGCAAUUGUGUAGCACAGAGAAGUUUUACAAUAUCGGUGCAGAGUCAUAGGUGAGCUGGUGUGCUGGAGCUGCAGCGACUGUGGCAGGGUGUAUAAAGCAACGCUGUAGGGUUACAUCUAAGCCAUAUUAAGGUAGGAGGGGCUUAAUUUACUCUUAUUUAACACAUAGAUGAGUUUUUAAUGAACAACCAUAAGGGUGCUUUAAAUGAUAAGUUGUUAGGUUAUAGUCUAACACGAUGGGAUAUUCCAAAUAAACUUCAUUUUGCACUUUCUUGCGUUGUUGCCUUUUGGCGUCGUUACUAUCUACAUAUCUAACUUUCAUUUAGAGUCGGGUUUCAGGCCACCUGGUAAAGGUUUAUCCAACAUCUAUUAUUUAGCUGCUGGAUGCUGCCCCACCUUCACGAUUUGUGAACCACAGAACCAAAAAUAAAGUGAGCUUGAAGAGGCUCAAAAGGCUCCGUGGGCGAAGUGCAGUGCAGGGUGUUGGUGCUUGUUUGUUCUGGUCACUUUAUAUAUUUAUUAAGAUUGUGGAAAAAGUUGGUGCAACUAAAAUCAAGAAUGUUUGGGGCCAAGAAUCACAACAGACUUAAACAUUAGUGAAAACAAUGGAGGCGAAUGUUUGUGGAAGAAAUGUCUUAUCUCCUACUGUGUCUUAUUUGUAAAUGAUGUAAUAUAUCAUAAUGGUGGAUGAAUGCUGAUUUAAUAUAUUUACAUGGUGAUUUUGUGUUUUUUCACUCUCUUUAUGUCCAACUUUCUCUAAUUGUUGAGCAAUAAACACCUUAAAUCCUG